ACCGACGAAGGACUAGUACUUUUAUUUUCGCCACUCGGUGCUGUUCCACUUAUAUUUGACAAUGAUUCCUCAGUUCGUCGUCACUUGUCCCUCUGAUUUGGCCAGGCUUGCUGGCGAGAUCUCCUCGGAGCAGGUUCAGCUUCCCAUCACAACCGUCGAAUUGCAGCUGCUCUUGCCUCUUACUACAUCGGAUGAGGUUGAACGAUGUCUCAAUGACGCCGAAAGCUUCUCCUGUCAUGCUUACGAUCUCCGCACUACCAGGCGAGAUGCCAUAAGGGUACUCAGCUUGACGCCGAUGUUCAAAACCUGGCGCUUAGUCUGGUCCAAAUUUCCCCCAGAAGCCGUUCAGAACUUCAUCUUCAACAUCAACUUACCUGCUUCAAGUAUCGUGACCACUUGGGCAGAUUCAAGAAUUUACUGGAGGCGUUCUGUACCUAAUACUGGAGGACUGGCUGUUCUGGAAGGCAGAGUUUUUCAGGCGGUCUUGGAACUUGCUACCGUCAUGAGAAUCAGGAGUAAAGGGAAAGCCAGUUUUAGCUUGAAGGGGGUUGAGGAGUAUGUGGCUAUGCAGUCUCAGAACGAUCGCAGAAAAGAGAUUGUCUUUAGCAGCUUAAAGGCCACACUGCAGCAGCUUUCGAAUUAAGAUGUUACAUCUAAUCAAGUCACUAAUCGUUAUUGCUAUCGUUCUUUUAGGCUAACA